GAGCCUCAGGGGUCCGGGAAGUCCGCACACACACACACACACACACACACACACUAGCGCUUCACUCUCUCACUUCGCUCAAACCCUAGUCUCCGCCGGCUCUCUCUUUCUCUCCCUCUCUCUCCCUGCUGCUCCGGGCUUGCUGCCCUCACCAUGGCGGACCAGUACAACAUCAACGAGGAGAAGUACGUGAAGGACAGUCACACCAAGGAGAUAGACCUGAUCAACCGGGACCCCAAGCAGAUCAAUGAGGAUGUGGUCAAGGUGGACUUUGAGGACGUGAUAGCUGAGCCAGAUGGAACGCACAGUCUGGAUGGAGUGUGGAAGGCCAGCUACACCACCUUCACCGUCUCCAAGUACUGGUGCUACCGCAUCCUGUCGGCCAUCUUUGGCGUGCCCGUGGCCCUGCUCUGGGGCUUCCUGUUCGCCUGCAUCUCCUUCUGCCACAUCUGGGCCGUCAUGCCCUGCAUCAAGAGCUACCUGAUCGAGACCCAGUGCCUAAGCCGGAUCUACUCCCUCUGCAUCCACACCUUCUGCGACCCGCUCUUCGAGGCCAUCGGCAAGAUCUGCAGCAGCGUGCGCGUGGUGGUCCGCAAAGAGGUGUAGGGCCACGGGGAACAGCCACGGAGUGUUUACAAGCCUGUCUUUGGCUCACACAGCAGCUCCCCCCCCCUCCCUGCUUGUUCUCUCCUAGCAUCUCUCCCUGCCCCUCCCCACUACGCCCACGUCUCUGCACCACGCACCCGACAUGUCUUAGAUCUUCUCCUGCUGCCCUGUGAUGGCUUCUCGCUGGCUCUGAUCAAGUGCAGUGGAGCUCUGUGACACGGCCACAUGUGUGGAUGCCAUACUGAGAAAGGAAAAAAAAGCUCGAGUCAUUGAGGUGACAGGACUUGCAGCUGUGUGUGUAACUCACUGUGCAAAUGACAAACAGCAUGCUGACGACAGAGCCCUUGCAGUCUUGUCAAUUGUCUGUAACACCUCAGUGAGAUAGUUUGCCGACAUGAGGAUCUUUAUAGAUACAAUAUCAGACAAUGUGUGUUCUCACUUCUUGACAGUAAUUGUUUAGCUAGUCACAAGUAACCGAGAAAUAUACAGUAUGAUUAUAAGAGUGAAAGCCAUCUUGUCUUUUAACACUGAGGUUUCUACCAUUCAAUUAGUUACAUUUUGUAUAUUUAAAUAAAUAUGUUCUAAAUAUAUGAUCUUGAUCCAUUUUUGCUAUCUUUCCAUAGAGAAACUGCCUGGUAGAGUACACAAACAUACUAAUUACAGUAUUUUUAAAGUUAUUACAUUACAGAACAAUAACAUGACAUGUUGAUUUGUAUCAUUGUCAUAUUUAUUUUUAAUACACUUCUGAGAAAAACUUUAUCAUCCAUAGACUUUGACUCAAAUACAUACAUUUUCAAUAAAUAAGAGCUAUAUCUAUACAGUUUUAAUUAUAUUACACUACAUUUGGAAAUGGCCAUAAUGUUUUGAAAGAAAAGUCAGUAGCCUUACAAAACAAAAGGUGAAACUUACAUUUUGUUGUAAAAUAUGUAACCAAUGUCAUAACAAACCCCUAAAUCAUUGUUAAUACUGUAAUUGAUUAUUUUAUGUGGACCAAAGUUUCAAGUUGGUGUGUUAAGGCAAUUCAUCAGUCACUUGACAGUCCCAAAAUCUAUGUUUAUACAAUACAGAUGAAUAAGAACGGAACAUUUGUGUUGCCAUUUUUUUUCUGUGACGCAUAAACAUAUUUCUGUCUUCUGUGUGCUUACU